UCCUGCUUGUCGUCCCUCGCAGUCGCAGGCAGGCUCCUCCCACCGCAUCAUCACCAACCCCCCUUCCUCUCUGCGCUCUCUCUACUCCAUCUCCCCUCAAAAAAUCCCAGUCUGCUCGCAAACCCUCCCAUCCCCACCCAGAUCUACCUCCUCGCGCCUACGCUAGGGCACCGUCGCGGCCCCAAAACCCCCCUCCCCCUCCCGGGGCCGGCCGGCGCGAUGCGGGUGCCGUGCUGCUCGCUGUGCCACGUGCGCUACGACGAGGAUGAGCGCGCGCCGCUGCUCCUCCACUGCGGGCACGGCUUCUGCCGCGCGUGCCUCGCGCGCAUGCUCGCCGCCUCGCCGGGCGCCGUGCUCCCCUGCCCGCGGUGCCGCCACCCCACCGCCGUCGGCAACUCCGUCACCGCGCUCCGGAAGAACUUCCCCAUCCUCUCGCUCCUCUCCGACUCCCCCUCCUCCCCGUCCUUCCUGCACUCCGACUCCGGCUCCUCCUCCGACGCCUCCGAUGACGAGGACGACUUCUUCGCCCGCCCCAGGCGCCGCCCAGCUGCUGCUGCGCCCGCGGUGCCGGCCGCACCGCCUGCCUGUACCUUGGUCGACCUCGCCUCACACCCAGACCUCAAGCUAGCCCGCCGCAUCGGGAGCGGCCCGCCUGGGCCGGCCGGCCAGGAGGUUUGUGCUGGCACGCUGUCCCGUGCUGGUCGGGGCGGUGGUGCCAAGAGAUGCAAGCACCAGGUGGCGGUGAAGAGAGUGCCUGUGUCGGCAGGGGAUGGGCUUGAGGGUGUUCAGGAGGAGGUGGAGCGGUUGAGACGAGCCUCCACUUGGUGCCGGAAUGUGUGCACCUUCCAUGGCGCGGUGAGGGUCGGUGGGCACCUCUGCUUCGUCAUGGACCGGUACCCAGGGUCUGUCCAGGAGGAGAUGCGGCAGAAUGGUGGACGCCUCACGCUGGAGCAGAUCCUCAGGUAUGGAGCAGAUAUUGCUCGUGGAGUAGCAGAGCUCCAUGCAGCGGGAAUUGUUUGUAUGAGCAUAAAGCCAUCCAAUAUUCUGUUAGAUGCGAACGGGCAUGCAGUUGUUUCCGACUAUGGUCUUUCGGCAAUUCUGAAGAACUUCACUAGUCCGAAAGUACCUGAUGACUCCAGCAUGGCUGGUAUGGAUGCUACAGUGCUUAGCCCCAACUAUACAGCCCCAGAGGCAUGGGGACCUUUGAAAAAAUCACUGAAUCUAUUUUGGGAUAGUGCAAAUGGAAUAUCACCAGAGUCAGAUGCAUGGAGUUUUGGAUGUACACUUGUGGAAAUGUGUACUGGUGCUGUUCCAUGGGCUGGGCUAAGUGCAGAGGACAUUUAUAAGUCUGUUGUAAAAGAAAAGAAGACACCUCCACAAUAUUCAAGAGUAGUAGGUGUAGGACUUCCUGGAGAUUUGUGGAAGAUGAUUGGUGAGUGCUUGCAGUUCCGAGCCUCAAGAAGACCAUCUUUCCAGGACAUGCUAAAAACUUUUCUUCGCCAUCUACUAGAGAUACCAAGGAGCCCACCUGCAAGUCCUGAGAAUGAUUUCACAAAUGUAAACUUGCCCAAUGGAAGGGAACCACCACCAACCUCUAUUCUGGACCACUUUCAUGAUAAUCCGAAUGCUUUGCAUCAUCUUGUAUGUGAAGGCGAUGUUGCUGGUGUUAGGGAUCUACUUGCAGAGGCUGCCUCAAAGGGAAAAAGUAGUUUGAUUAGUUCCCUCUUAGAAGCACAAAAUAAUGAUGGACACACUGCGUUGCAUUUGGCAUGCCGCAGAGGCUCAGCAGAGCUUGUGGAAGCUAUUGUAGCCUACCAAGAGAAUGUAGACAUAUUAGACAAGGAUGAAGGCCCUCCCAUAGUAUUUGCUUUGGCUGCUGGCUCUCCACAAUGUGUCCGUGCACUAAUAGGGAGAUCUGCUAAUGUUAAUUCUAGACUAAGAGAAGGCCUUGGCCCUUCCCUUGCUCAUGUAUGUGCUCAUCAUGGUCAACCAGGGUGCAUGCGAGAGCUGCUUGUGGCUGGAGCUGACCCUAAUGCAGUAGAUGGAGAAGGUGAAUCUAUUCUUCAUAUUGCUGUGGCCAAGAGAUAUACUGAUUGUGCUAUUGUCAUACUGGAAAAUGGAGGUUGCAGUUCUAUGAGCAUACCAAAUUCUCAGAAUAAAACGCCAUUGCAUUUAUGUGUUGAGACAUGGAAUGCCGCUUUAGUGAAAAGAUGGGUCGAAGUUGCAUCAAGAGAGGAGAUAUUUGAGGCAAUCGAUGUACCUAGCCCUGUCGGAACAGCUUUGUGCAUGGCAGCUGCUCUUAAAAAAGAGCAUGAGAAAGAGGGUCGAGAGUUGGUAAGAAUAUUGCUUGCUGCUGGUGCUGAUCCUACAGCACAAGAUGCCCCACACUGUCGAACUGCACUGCAUACUGCAGCAAUGAUCAAUGAUGCAGAGUUAGUAAAGAUUAUUCUGGAAGCUGGAGUUGAUGUAAAUAUUAGAAAUGCUCAAAACACAACGCCACUUCAUGUUGCACUGAACAGAGGUGCAAACUCAUGUGUUGGCUUGCUUUUAGCCGCUGGGGCAGACUGUAAUUUACAGGAUGACGAUGGUGAUAAUUCUUUUCACAUAGCUGCUGAUGCAUCCAAAAUGAUACGUGAAAACCUGACUUGGGUUGUUCAAAUGCUACAACAUUCAUCACCUGCUGUCGAUGUGAGAAAUCACAGAGGCUGGACACUGCGAGAUUUCUUGGAGAGGCUCCCGCGAGAAUGGAUUUCUGAAGAAUUGAUGGAAACGCUUGAAGAGAAAGGAGUUCAUCUCUCCCCGACAACAUAUGAGGUUGCAGAUUGGGUCAAAUUUAGAAGAACAGUUACUUCUCCGACCUUUGGCUGGCAAGGUGCUGGACCUAGAAGCAUUGGCUUUGUCCAGUCUGUUGUUGACCAUGAUCACCUUGUUGUGUCAUUUUGUUCUGGAGAAGCCCGUGUUUUGACAAGUGAAGUUAUCAAAGUCAUACCAUUAAAUAGGGGGCAGCAUGUGCAGCUCAAACCUGAUAUUCUGGAGCCAAGAUUUGGAUGGCGUGGUCAGUCACGAGAUAGCAUUGGGACUGUUCUCUGUGUUGAUGAUGAUGGAAUCUUGAGGGUUGGUUUUCCAGGAGCUUCUAGGGGAUGGAGGGCUGAUCCUGCUGAAAUUGAAAGGGUCGAAGAAUAUAAAGUAGGUAACUGGGUUCGGAUUCGUCCCUCACUAACAGUCGCUGUACAUGGCAUGGAAUCUAUUACUCCUGGAAGUAUCGGUGUUGUAUACUCGAUCAGACCAGACAGCAGUCUUCUAUUGGGACUAUGCUAUUUGUCCAAUCCAUGGCUCUGUGAGCCAGAGGAGGUUGAACAUGUUGAUCCCUUCAAGAUUGGUUACCAAGUGUGCGUAAAGAGGUCCGUUGCUGAGCCCAAGUAUGCCUGGGGUGGUGAGACUCAUCACAGCGUGGGCAAAAUUAUCGACAUUGAGAGUGAUGGUCUGCUCAUAAUGGAUAUCCCUAACCGUUCUGCACCGUGGCAGGCGGAUCCAUCAGACAUGGAAAAGAUCGAUGAUUUUAAGGUUGGUGAUUGGGUUAGAGUAAAAGCAACAGUCCCGUCCCCAAAAUAUGGAUGGGAGGAUGUGAGUCGCAACAGUAUUGGGGUAGUUCAUAGUCUAGAAGAAGAUGGCGAUAUGGGUGUUGCUUUCUGCUUCAGAAGCAAGCUUUUUCUCUGUUCGGUUGCAGAUGUGGAGAAGGUGCAGCCAUUUGAAGUUGGGGAAAAGGUUCAUGUGUUACCUUCCAUAUCUCAGCCACGUCUUGGAUGGUCAAAUGAAACUGCAGCAACCAUUGGGGCUAUCUCAAGGAUAGACAUGGACGGAACUCUAAAUGUCAAGGUUACUGGUAGAAAUAGCUUGUGGAAGGUCGCUCCAGGUGACGCCGAGAGGCUCUCAGCUUUUGAGGUUGGAGACUGGGUGCGCUUGAAACCAAGUAUUGGGAGCAGACCUACUUAUGAUUGGAACAGUGUUGGAAAAAUAAGCAUAGCAGUGGUCCAUAGCAUUCAGGAUUCUGGUUACUUGGAGUUGGCUGGUUGUUUCAGGAAAGGGAAAUGGUUAACUCAUAACUCGGACAUUGAGAAAGUGCAACCCUUUAAGAUUGGUCUUCAUGUUCGGUUCCGUGCUGGAGUUACAGAGCCCAGAUGGGGAUGGAGAGAUGCAAAACCUGAAUCUAGAGGCAUAAUCGCUGGUGUCAAUGCUGAUGGAGAAGUAAGGGUGGCAUUCUUUGGUGUACCUGGGUUGUGGAGAGGUGAUCCUGCAGAUCUUGAGAUUGAGCAAGUCUUUGAGGUUGGAGACUGGGUUAGGCUGAAGAAUGAUGUAGAUGAUUGGAGGUCGCUCAAACCUGGUAGCAUUGGGGUGGUGCAUGGGAUUGGAUAUGAAGACGAUGUAUGGGAUGGGACCAUACAUGUUGCAUUUUGCGGUGAGCAGGAAAGGUGGAUAGGGCUUUCUAGCCAGCUUGAAGAAAUUGGCAGGUUUGUCGUUGGACAGCGUGUGCGGAUCAGAGGUUGUAUCCGUCAGCCAAGAUUUGGUUGGUCUAAUCAUAAUCAUUCAAGUAUAGGGACCAUCUCAUCUAUUGAUGCUGAUGGGAAGCUAAGGAUUCACACACCAGCUGGUGCCAGGGCUUGGUUGAUAGACCCAGCAGAGGUGGAGAUAGUUGAGGAAGAGGAGGAAGUGUGCAUCGGAGACUGGGUAAAGGUUAAGGACUCUGUUGCAACCCCCACGUAUCAAUGGGGUGAUGUGAAUCACAAUAGCAUAGGGGUGGUUCACAGGGCUGGGGAUGGAGAGCUCUGGGUUUCUUUCUGUUUCUGUGAGAGACUAUGGUUAUGCAAAGGUUGGGAGGUAGAGAAGGUUAGGCCCUUCCGGCAAGGUGACAGAGUACGGAUUCGACCUGGCCUUGUAACCCCAAGAUGGGGAUGGGGGAUGGAGACAUAUGCGAGUAGAGGUGAUGUUGUGGGUGUGGAUGCAAAUGGGAAGCUGAGGAUCAAGUUUCGGUGGAGGGAUAGACUUUGGGUUGGGGACCCUGCUGAUAUCAUUCUUGAUGAUGUCCCAUCACUGACGGAAGCUUCUAAUGGCAUUUGUUCAUAGUCUUCGGUAUUCUUUUGACCCCAUACCUGAUUUCUUGCCCCCUUCCAUUUCGCGGUGUUUCAUAUUUAGUAGAUCUGAGUCAGCAGUGGAGUUGCAAGUUGCACAUAGGUAUCAUGGCAUAGGCAUGGUGGCUUGUAUUUGCGUGUUGAUAAGCAGGAGGAAAGAAGAAACAAGGCUGAAACCUUGAAAUAGACAUGAUAACCACCACCUAGGUUUUUACAUGUAUAAUUAUGCGCCUGACUCUUUUUUUCUCUUUCAAUGUAUCAUAUAGCAGUGUACAGGUUUGGACCUGAACAUUAAUUUAAUUCAUAGGCCUUUGUAUCAUUCCUUCUUUGACAA